AUGUCUUCACGAUGUCUGACCGACCUCCCUCUCGAGAUGUUCUGGCUCGUUGUGGAGAACCUUGAUUGUGAGAAAGACAUCAACGCUCUAUCACAAGUGAGUCGUGGUAUUUACGUUCUCCUCAACCCGUAUCUUUAUCGCAAGAACGUCUACAACGAUGAAAAUUCUGCUCUUGCUUGGGGAGCCUAUCACGGCCAAGAAGCCACUGUUCGAAAAGCCUUGGAGCAGGGUGCCUGGCUAGAGUUUAAUUGCGAAGAUUUACCAGAACCCAUAACACUUGCAGCAAUUGGCGGUCAUGCGAAUAUUGUCAAGCUCCUUCUCGAUCAUGGAGUCGACCCGGUGUCUGCAUACGGAAAUGACCGGGAUGCGGCACUCGCAAGAGACCAUGCGGAAGUCCUACAAGUCUUGAUUGAGGAUGGUGGAUUUGUGCCGCGCGCCUGGGAUUUUUUCAACACUGCCUGUGAUCGCUUUUUUGAGAGCCUCAAAGUUCUCGUGAGAGCCUGUCCCCAAUGGGCAGAGCUUGCUCAAUCCGAGUACUCCGAUAUACUAGGAAUAACAAUUGAUGGAUCAGCAGCUAGCGUGAAUAUCGCGCGCUUUCUGAUCGAUUCCGGAUCCCCAGUCAACUGUGGAGGCAAUUAUCAAGACAACCCGUUGGACUUAGCCGCGCAUUAUGGCAAUAUUGAGAUGGUGAAACUGUUGCUCAGCCGUGGAGCUGACCCAGACCUUGAAACUCCACUGUGGUCGCUAAGGUGUGCGGCAGAGCGCGGACAUGUGAAGGUUGCAGAACUGCUGUUGGAAAAUAUUGACAUACAAAGCAAAAUUACUGGUGGUGGAGAUGACCAGUUUUGGCUACUUUACUCAGCAGCGGCAUGUGGCUUUGAGAAGAUUGUGCGAGCCUGUUUGAAUGCCGUAUGUGAUGCAAAUCGCAGACUGGAUGUACAGUACUGCCCUUUCCACGUGGAUGAUACCUGCCGAACAUCUGACGGCCGGUAUAAGUUGACGCCAUUAGACUGGGCACGUGGAAGAAGUCACUCUGCAGUUGUGCGUCUUCUUGAGAAUGAAGCACUAGCUUCGUGA